AUGGAACCAAGAUCGAGAGAAACUACUCCUACAAAAGAGGAUUUGGAUUUUAUAGUUGAUGAUGGAUAUAGACACGAUGAGGACCCAGAUUAUGUUCCAAACGAAAAAUUUAUUCUUAUAGGAGAUAAGUUUACAAGAUUAACUAGAAGAGCUAAAAAACUUGGCGCAGAAUCACUUGAUUACUCAACCAGAAAAAAUAAUAAAUAUAUGGCCACACUUCCAAGCGGAAAGAAAGUACAUUUUGGUUCUCCAAAAUAUCCAGACUACUUAAUACACAAGGAUAAAGAGAGAAGAGACAAAUAUUUAGCUAGAGCUACAAAGAUAAAAAAUAAGCAAGGAGAGUUAACUUAUAAUAAACCAGAAUCGCCAAAUUUCUGGUCCGUUCAUUUACUCUGGCCAGAAAAAAAGUGAAUUAAAAAUUUAAUAAAAAAUAUAAAAAAAUGAGUUCAAAUGGUAAUGUUGGUUCAACUAGUCUAUCUAAUAAAAUUAUUAGUUUAAACGGUAAAUAUUAUGCCGAUAGACUUGAUGAUAGUAGUUUAAAGAAAGAACAUAUAAAAGUUUUAGAAGAAGGAUUAAAAGAAAUUUUAGAAAACUUAUAUUCUUUAAAAGUCACAAUUGAAAAUAAAUUAUAGUUUAAGAAAUAAAUUAUAAUUAACAAAAUGCAGUUAUCCAGCUACGAUCAUUUAACCUCAGACAACGUUAUUUUUAAAGAAGCAAAAGAGUCAAAAGUAAAAGAUAGUAACAUUAAAUACAAGCGUAUACCAAUUGAAAUCAAAUACCAAAACAACAAAAAAGGACCACUUGUAAUCGAAACCCCAUUUCUUUUUAGCUUUGGUGUUAGUGAAAAGAAAAACCAAGAAACAAAUAAGUUAGUAGGAUAUAGUAUCCCAGUAUGUCUUUGGGCGAAAGAUAGCAAACCAAAUGAAAAAGAAAAAGCGUUUUUUGAAUUUAUUAAUAGCUUAACAUCUCUAUCUCAACAGUAUUUAGAGAAUGAAUAUGGACCAGAUUUAGCUUCGUCUCUUUCCCCACCGUUAUACUACAAACAAGAAGAGUACACUGAUAAAAAAGGAAAGAAGAAAACCAGAAAAGAUCCCUCAUCUGCACCAGUUCUUUAUGCAAAACUUAUUUACUCAGAAAAAUCAAAGAAAAUUUUAUCUUUGUUUAAAGGAAAGGGGGGAAAGGAUCUAAAUCCUUUUAAACAUAUUAACCAGUACUGUAAUGUUAAAUUGGCUCUGAUAAUUGAAGGAAUCUUUAUAAGUAAAACUGUGACUUCUUUACAAAUAAAAGUUCAUGAGUGUUAUGUAAAACCGCUUAAACCUAGAGAGUCUUUACUAACAAUUGAAGAGGAAGAAGAGCAAAGCGAUAACGGAGAAAUAAAUGAACCAGUAUUUGAAGACUUAGUUAUCUCUGAUGAAGAAAACGAGUAA